AUGUUGAAGAUCUCUCUAUCGCCAGUUGAUGGGGGUGGCUACACGGCUUAUUUCAGUCCUGAAGAGCGUCCAAUCAGGUUUGACAGGAACAUCAGACCCAUCAAGAUCAAAGGAUCCGAAGGCUUUGCCGGAAGCAUCAUGACAUUGAGUCGCUUUCGCCAAAUUCGUGCUGCGUUUCAUCCAGAGAAGAAGGUGCCAAAUGACACUGACAAGUGCUACCAGCUUCGCCAUGCCAUUACUACAUUCAAUGAACAUGCCAAGUCUACCUUUACGGUUGGAAGAGAUCUAUGUUUCGAUGAGGGUGGAAUCGCGACAAGGUCCAGGUUCUGUCCAGUGCGCCAGUACAAUUCGAAGAAACCAAAGAAAUUCAGAGUAGAUCUAUUCAUCUGCUCCUGUUCCGAUAGCUAUUGCAUCUUUCACUUGGAUGUUUACCAAGGAAAGAAUCCUACUGAAGUGGGCAUACAUGAAGACCUCAUCGGCUUGCCAACAACGCAGAAGGCUCCCAUGAACGCCAUGUACAGUCUUGGACUACACCUUGACACGCAAGCUACCCCGCGUCAUAUGGCAUUGGACAAUCGGUACAUGUGCCCUGAGCUUGCUGUUCUUUUACGGGAGAAGGUCAAUGUCUACGCAACAGGCACAGUGAAGGCUGGAUGCAAAGGUUGGCCAAAACUGCUAAUGAGUCUUCAGAAAACAGCGGAUCGCGGAAGCUACAAGAUUGCAGUCGACAAAACAAACAAUGUGGUCGUGAUGCAUUGGAGAGACUCUCGUGUGGUGAAUAUGGUCACAACUCUUGGUGACACGACAAUACGCAAGGUCAAAAGGCAACUCGGUUCAAAGGCAGCACUGUUUGAUUGUCCUGGCCCUAUGACAAAGUACCAGAAAACUAUGUUUGGCGUUGACAAAGGUGAUCAAAUUCGCGUUCAUGGAGGUGGCUUUGCGAAUAAAGCCCACUUCAAGAAGUUGUACAAGAAGAUCUAUCUGGGUCUCCUCGACUGUUAUUUAUUGAAUGCUUUGAUUGCCUGGAACCUUGCAGCAAAGGAACCUCGGUCAUCGAAGAAAACGCUGCUAAGACACCAAUUCUUCACUGUUAUUGCUGAAGAGAUGAUGUGCUACGAGGAGGGCGCAGGUACCAGUGACCUUGUGGGCAAUAUUGCUGCGAAUCUCGACAACCAGUUUCAGUGA